AUGUCGUGUAAGUCGGUGAUGCAACGGACCCGGGAGGAAACAGGAGUUAUUCUGGCGCGUGAGUAGGCGGGUUUGUAAAUUAUCGUAUCAAUUGACGCGUAAACUAAUUGUUUUUAAAAAAAACUUACAUAUUUUACCCUAUUGUUCUGAUGACAGCGAAUAAACCAAUCCAAACGCUUUAAACUAACUGAUAUCAGUGUAUAAAACACACUGGAACCCUUUUUUCAGGAAGAUUUGGGACUUCAGGCGGAUUACAACAACGACCAGGGAUCGUACGCGUUCAUCAGAAAGGUCAUGGCCCUGCCGUUCCCUCCAGCAGAGGAGAUUCCUGCAAUGUAUGCACGACUUCAGAAGAUGACAUCGACUCAGAAACUCCAGCAGUUAAUGCAGUACGUCGGCAAGAACAGAAUCACAGGCAACACAUGGCCGUCCUC